UUUAUGCAUACUGAUCCUUAGUGGUCAAAGUUGUUGGGCCUGAAUCUCGUGAAGAAGACACUUUCAAAAUGAGAUAUUUUGGUUUUCUUAGUUUCACAACAUGCUCUACCGAUCUAGCAUACAGAGAAAAAAAAAUAAAAUUUGACAGGUGCCGACCAUCUGUAAAAAGGUCGGUUUUCUCAUGGACGGUCUCAUAAGUAGUAAAAAUCAAUAUACCAUAUCACAUCCUCUAAACGUUUUUAAUAAUGUUUACCAUCGUAUUUUGCUUCUGUUUUAUAUGGAUUCAAGCCAUUAGCUAUGGAUCACCGGUAAAAUUUCCAGUUUUUACCGAAUUGUUCUAUCAGUUCUUAUCAGAAAUCGUCGCAGGACAGGGCUGCCCUGUUGCAGGACAGGGCUGCCCUGUUGCAGGGCAGGGCAACAAAAAAUUCCUUGAUUAGCCCAGAUUUUCAAGCUUCUUUUUAAGUAAAAUUUUGAGAUCUCUCGUAUAUGUGUAAAUAAAAAUGACAGCCGACUUUUCUAAAAUUGAUAAUUAAUAAAAAAAAGAUUCUGUUACGCACGAGAAACACAUCCAGUGUUUGUGAUGAGUUUCUUGAAGAUAAAGUCUUCGAGGUAAAGGAGAAAAACUUUCUUUUACACUGCAGGACCAAAAAUAAGUUGUGAGUAAUUUUUUGACAGGGCAGGGCGGCAGAACAGAACAGGGCGAAAAAAAGUUGCCCUGCGACGGUCUCUGGUUCUUAUACUCUGAACUAUUCCCUUAUUUUGUAAUUCCAAGUAAAGUCAGUUUCUGCUAAAAUUGAAGCUAACAACAUGUUCAGUAGCUAUACAAUAUACCGUUAGAAUCCCGUUAGACAUGAUUAUACAACAAACCAAAGCUCUUUUUCAAAUAGAUCGAUGACUUACGUAGUUCAACAACAAGAACAAAAGAUCCACAAUCGGCCGGUCGAAGACAAGUUGCUGUUCAUUUGUUUGAAUGGAAAUGGGCUGAUAUUGCAGCGGAAUGUGAACGCUUUUUGGGUCCCAAAGGAUUUUCCGGUGUUCAAGUAUCUCCACCUAACGAACACGCAUUAAUUGAUAGAAGACCGUGGUGGCAACGUUAUCAACCAGUAAGCUAUAAAUUGAUUAGCCGAAGUGGAAACGAACAACAGUUUAUCGAUAUGGUUAAUCGUUGUAACGCUGCUGGUGUACGCAUUUAUGUUGAUGCUGUAAUCAAUCAUAUGGCUGCAGGUGGAAAUCAAGGCUCUGGCGGUUCAUCGUACAAUCCUGGCUCAAAAGAUUUUCCUGGCGUACCUUUUAGCGCAUGGGAUUUCAAUGAUGGAUUGUGCAGGACAGGUAGUGGUAAUAUUGAAAACUAUGGUGAUGCUGAUCAGGUUAGAAAUUGCAAACUGGUUGGUCUACCAGAUUUAGCGCUCAGUAAGGAUUAUGUAGUGGGUAAAAUAGUUGAUUAUAUGAAUAGAUUAAUCAACAUUGGUGUAGCUGGAUUUCGAGUUGAUGCUGCUAAACAUAUGUGGCCACAUGAGUUGAAUACUAUAAUUUCCAAAUUGAAUAAUUUACCCCAACAAACAUUUGGAAGUGGAAAACGACCAUUUAUUUAUUUUGAAGUCAUUGAUCUUGGAGGAGAACCUAUUAAGAAUACUGAUUAUACCGGGAUGGGACGUGUAUCAGAAUUUAAAUAUGGAAAAUUUCUCUCAGAAGUAGUAAAAAAAAAAUUCGGUCAAAAGUUAAAAUAUUUGAGCAACUUUGGCACAGGUUGGGGAAUGAUUCCCGAUGGUGAUGCGCAAAUAUUUAUCGAUAAUCAUGAUAAUCAACGGGGUCAUGGUGCUGGUGGUGAAAUUUUAACGUUUUUCGAAAGUCGGGCAUAUAAAAUAGGAACAGCAUUUAUGUUAAGUUGGCCAUACGCGUUUAUUGCCAUCAACAAUGAUGAUCAAAGUAUCAACCAUUCUCUUCAAACGGGCCUACCAGGUGGUCAAUAUUGUGAUGUAAUAUCGGGCAAUUUGGAAGGAGGAAAAUGUUCGGGUAAAACAAUUACCGUUCAAUCUGAUGGUCAAGCUUCAAUUAGCAUAUCAAAUCAGGAUGAAAAUCCAAUAAUUGCAAUUCAUGUUGAAGCAAAACUAUAG